UAAUCAAGUCUGUUCGCGUUGAACUAACGCAUUGCGUUUAUCGCUCUCCUACCACGAACAAAAGUUUGAAAUAAGACGCAUGAUAGACGCCCGCCAUGAAAGGCCGCGAUCUUGUAUACCCGCGAUAGACAACGGUAGCCCAUGUCUUUAAACCAACACAGGUGAUUGGAUUUUACCUGGCCACUGAGUUAACGCGGGUAUACCUUGGCAGCGCGGUGUAUUGUCUCUAUCUCUAAGUGGAGAUUCAGUUACUAAUGCAAUGUGUUACCUGGAUCUACCUGUAGUUUACCAGGACUCCCACCUGUGUGUGUAACGGAGAGAGUUUGGGCUGGACUUUGUCUACAGGAAUGUGUCAUCUCUAAAUCAAAAUGAGUGACAUUGAUCAGGAUAUGGAUAACACUUCCCCUCCCUUACAGCCUGAACCUAGCUUUGAAGCCGACUCUUUGAAGCCACCCACUGCUGGACAGGAUGAUAACCCUCCCAGUUCCCGGCCUACCUCACAGGGUAGAAUACCCACCCUGGGGAGACGGGCAACACUCAGCCGCACCCCCGUGUCUAUGCUGGAGCAGCCACAGGAUGAGGAUGAGUCUGUGCUGAUAACGGAAGUGAAAGAUCAAGCCGAGGAAGAAGCUGAACAAGAGAGAGAAAGAGAUCUACUUCCGGUCGCAGAGAUCGAAGAAGAACAGCCGACGGAAGAAGGGGAAGAGGAGGAGGAAGAAGAAGAAGAACUGAAAAUAUCGGACGAUGGAGGAAGCCGAGAAGAGGAAGAAGAGGAAUUUGAAGGAGAUGUUUUUCAACAAGUUACCAUAGAAACAGUUGAUGUGGAACCACGAGAAGAGGACUUUGAUACAGAUCUCGAGGAAGAAUUCCCCGAGGACGAAGGGGACCCCGUGAAGUGUGAGUAUGUGAAAAUCUGUGAACGGCUCGGCAUCGUACCCAUCUCCUACUUUGUGCGGCACAUCAACGACCGCGACAUCGCCAUGAAGUAUCACGGGCUGGGCCCCGAGGAGGCAAAGGCUAUGGCCCUAGUGCUGAAGGACAGCAUCAACCUAGAGAAACUGGACGUGUCUGGGAACUGGAUCGAUGCCGCGGGGGGUUACGCCAUGUCCCGGAUGUUGGAGGAGAACGACUACAUUACUGAGAUGGCCAUGGCUGACAAUAAGCUGGGUAAUGAAGGCGGCAUCCACGUGUCUCGGAUGUUGGGCAUCAACGCUGGGCUUCGACGGAUUGAUCUGGCAGGCAACAUGUUUGAAGACAGAGUGGCCGAACAGUUUGCGGAGGUUUUAGAAAAUAACAAAUAUCUGCGCGAGUUGGAUCUGAGUAGGAACAAGUUCGGCCAGUCCUCAGGCCGUCUUCUUGGACCAGCUAUAGGUGCAAACGACACUUUAGACGUCCUUGACCUUAGCUGGAAUCAUUUACGUCAACAGGGAGCCAUUGCUGUUGCCGCGGGCAUAAAGGAAAACUGUCGUCUGAAAGUAUGUCGUCUGGCCUGGAACGGGUUCGGACCGGAAGGUGGCGCCGCCCUGGCGGAGGCUUUGGGGAAUCAUGAAUCUCUGCUGGAAAUAGACAUGACUGGCAACCGACUCGGUCAGGACACGGCGCUCAAAGUGGCCAAGGCCCUGUCUACUAACGAUGUCCUGAAGAUAUUGAGAAUGGGCAACAACCUCAUAACAUCAGCGGGUGCAAUAGCUAUCGCCAUGGCAAUAAACCAAUCGGAGAGUUCAGAAAUAGAGGAACUGGAUCUGACGGACGUUCCGGUAGAAUACGAAUUUCUGCGCAUCCUUGAAGACAUUCGGAAGAAGAAAUCUACUUUCAAGGUCACCCACGGACCAGUUAUGCGUGCUGGAAAUACAUUAGAGGAUCUGGGGAAGAAAGCUAUUGACCCCUUCAAGAAGAAGGAGCCAGUAAUUAUCCUCAAGGAACACAUCGUCGUGAACGACAUGCGUCUGGUCGACAUCCUCAAGAGAUACGACCCCGACGGACGUCUUAGUGUAUCGCCUGAGGACUUCGUGGCUGCCCUUGAUGAGCUGGCCGUGCCCUACAACCGGGUGCAGCUUGAGGAAGCGGUUCACAAGCUGGCCAAAGACCAGUCGGGCAGGAUAUAUUUUGGUGACUUCAUCCCUGACAAUGAAGACAACAAGAAUAAGGUGACAUUCACCCCCGAGCCGGAGACGUGAGCCACGCCCACAUCUGUCUCCUAAUCUGUGCUACAUAUUACUGUUCAUCAUCAUGUUCAUUACCCUGCUAUCUCGAAUGGUGUUAUAGUCAAAUCCGGUUAUAACGAAGUGGGAUAAAGCAAAAUGUCACACGAACAAUUAUAUUCAACAUCAUUUUUCGGUUAUUCUUAUUUUAAACUUUGCAGUUUUGUUAUAUGUAGGGUUGACGUAUCUGGAAAUACCCUGUAAGGGUGCCCUUGAACUGUAUUACAUAUGUUCUGUAUAAGGGGCUGUGGGAUAGCUGGGUGGCUAAAAUGUUCACUGUUCGAUUUCCCAUGUGGGUACACAUGAACCCACUCUUGGUGUCCCUGCUGUGAUGUGACUGGGAUACUUCUAAAAGCGGCGUAAAUUGCUCACUCAAUUAAAGCGUAACGAAACGUGGGUUGACACUGUAUUUAUUGAAUCUCGGUUGUUACGCAGUCCGAUAUAGCCAAAGGCUGGCCGUGGACGUCAGCUACCAUAUAUUAGUACCAGUGGGGAUUCUGGGUUACAAUAUUCUGAGUAAGCCUGUACCUGUCCUGUGCCGAGUGUUCAGGUUCAGUGAUUUCAUUCCGUGCCAUCGUGCCCUGACGGUGGGUGACGUGCUCAUACUAUCAAUCACUGGUCCAGACUCGAUUAUUUAAAGGGCGGUCGUGAUAAAGUUGGAUUAUUGCUGAAUGAUGCCAUGAAGUUGAACGAUUCACCGUUGUUGUAUAUUUCGGAUAUUUCAAACUGAUAGUGUUCUGGGUGGACUGCUUGGGUGACUGUUAGUGUGUGGUGUUCGUGACAACCGUCCAGUCCAUCGUUUGAAUGACCUAUGCACGUCGACUGUGUUUGUGGUACGCUGCAUCAUUAACUACAUCGUGUUGAGGAAGGUGGUUGAUGAACACAACAGUAUUGUUUUUGGCGUAUAUUCCUCAGAUCGAAUAUGUAUAUUCUCAUAUUGUGUCUUCUAUACAUUAGACACUCGUAUGACAAUUACAUGGAUUUGACCAAAACAUUCAAACGUUAUCAAAACGUUACUAGGCAGAAAACAGACGCCCAAACAAUGCUAAGUUAAGGUCCAAAACACAACUAGGUUACUCGUAUUAUCUACAUUUCUUGUUUGUUAGGGACCGACCAUUUGAUAUUCUGGGGGUGGCCUGGAAUUUUGUAUCGAGAUUGGAUAUUUUUACAGCUUCAAAUCCAGAUAUGUUUUAAUUUAAAACUGAGAGCCUGAUUUUUUAAUAAGAAAAAUACCUUCCAGCAAUGUAAUUUUUGUGGCAGGUAGUGUAUUUUUUUUAACUGUUUGAAGCAUUAUAUAUUUUUUUCAAGGAUCAUCGGGGACAAUAUGUUUUCUUCGAUAAAAUCCAAACCCCGCCCCAGAAUAUAAAAUGGUCAAUCCCACAGUGACUGAAUCAUUUGAACAUGACAUUUGUUGGACUAUUUCAACACAUAACGUACAUACAUUUACGUCACUUAAGGUCGACCUCCAGUGGGAACUCAGUUGGUGAAAGUCACGUCCUAUGUUUAUCGUCAGAGAAAUAAAAAAUUGCAUUGUUA